GAUCCUGCUUUAUUCAACAACUGGGCCCAUGACCCCGGUCUUUCUACAGCAGCUGGUGGCUAAUGGAGUCCGUGGAUCGAUGCUGGGUUGAACAUUAACCCGACAUUGUGGGCGCUGGGUGUGUGUACGUUUGGGCAGAGGGUCCAAGCUAGUCAGUGUUCACUGCUUCUCUAUCUGUCUGUUCGAUUCUUUAUCUCCUGUUUACUGGGGUGGCUGUUGGGAUGAAGCUGUGUUUUCCUGUGUUCUUGCUGCUGUCUGUCUGUGGUCAUGGUGCGACUGAUGAGCCUGCUGCUCCAAUUGCCAAGGCCCUCCCGGGUGCCUCCCCCUCCCCCUCCCUGCUCGGCGUGGGCCAACCAGGCUGUGCAGGCCAGGAGUUGGGCCUGGAGGCCUGGCGGGCAGUAGGGGGCGCUGUGGAGAAGCUGGGUCUGCAGCUGUUCAGGAGCCUGAAGGCCGGACCGGACCAGCCCAACAUCAUCAUAUCACCCCUCAGCAUCUCCCUCGCUCUGGCUCAGCUCACCCUGGGGGCCCGUGGGAACACGGAGAAGCUGCUCCUGCAUGCCCUCCAGGCUGACUCCAUCUCCUGCUUCCACCCCAGCCUGGGGGCUCUGCUCCAGCACCUCACCAACACCUCCCUGCAGGUGGCCUCGCGUCUCUACCUGAGGCCAGGGUUCGAAGUGAUUCAGUCCUUCGUCGAAGACUCCGAGAAGAAGUACGGGUCAGAGCCCGCCCCCCUCGUCUCUGUAGAGGAGGUCAACCAAUGGGUGGCCGAUGUCACCGAGGGUCACAUGACUAACUUCCUCCCCAGUCUUCUACCUGAUGUUGUGCUCAUGCUUAUAAACGCCAUGCACUUCAAAGGGGAAUGGCAGACUCAGUUCGAUCCCAAGUCCACCUCCAAAGGAGUCUUCUACCUAGAGAACAGUAGCUCGGUCAAGGUGGACAUGAUGAAGUCAGCCAUGUAUCCGCUUAGACAGUUCAUGGAUGAGGAGCUGGAUGCCAGGGUGGCCUGUUUUCCCUUCAAAGGAAACACCAGCUUCCUGGUGGUGUUGCCGGUACCAGGAAGAGGAAACGUGUCAUCUCUGGUUCAGAAGCUGAACAUCUCUGACCUGUACAGCCGGCUUCCCGAGGAGAGGCCCAUGCAGGUCAGCCUGCCUAAGUUCAACCUGCAAUACAGCCAGGAACUACAAGACGCACUUCAGAGCAUGGGCCUGGGCUCUUUAUUCACGAUUCCUGAUCUGUCAGGGAUCUCAUCCGGGCCCCUGGUGGUCUCCAGCGUCCUCCAUGCGUCUGGUGUGGAGCUGAGCGAGGAGGGGGCAGAGGCCUCGGCCGCCACCUCCAUCGCCAUGACGCGCUCCAUGACCAAUCCACGCUUCGCCGUCAACUCGCCCUUCCUGUUCGCUCUCGUCGACGACGCCUCCCUCGCCCCCCUCUUCCUGGGCCUGGUGACUAACCCCGCCCCCGGGGCCAGCGUCAUGCAGAACGACGGCCCCCCCGCCGACGAUCCCCACGGCAACAGGACCCUCGGCGAAAACAAAGCGCAGAUGGACGGCCCCGACGGCGGCGCAAGUGGAGGUCUGCUCGGCAACAACGACGUGCAGAGCGACGAGCCCAGUGGAGCGAGCGCCUCGCCGUGUAGCACCCCUAGUGGAGAGGAGGGCUCACUGCAGCCCCCCAAUGAGGUGGUGGGCCAGGAGCCAGGAGAUUGUCCAACUUCCAGUCCCACCUUGCCCGUCUAGUCAAACCCUACAGCCACGCCUCCACCAGAGCUUCCCUGGACUGCAGACCCAACGUACAGAGUCACAACCACACAAUGGCACGAUCGAACUGGACACACUUAGCUACAGCAACAGCUGUCUUCUCAUUGAUCAUUGGUUAGUUAAAAAGGAGAGUGCAUUUCUGUGCUCUAAACGACUCAGAUUUACAGUGGUUCCCAUAGACGUACGCAGUGCACAACCACAGGAUACCUGUGUUCCGAUGAACAUGAUUUCCGACCCUGCUGUUGUGGUCUUAAUCUAUGUUGUGUUGUGUACUUUCUCAUCCCAAAACUGGUGAAACGUUGUUUUUACUCAUUAUUAAAAAACAGAGGAAAUAUC